AUGGCUCUUGGUCCACUCUGUCCACCUCAAUCCAGACCCACAUUUAAUUCCUUUAUUUUUUUAACAUUGAUUGACUCCCACGCAGAUUCCCCUCCUCGCACCUAUCUGGAGCAAAAUGUCCACAAAGAGCUAAGAAAAAACUUAAGAGAGCUUUACCAUUCCACCAGAACAAGAGAGGAUUGGGACCGGCAAGAGAAAAGAGGCUGGAUUUAAGUAAAUUAUUAUUUACCUUUUCGGGGGGGGUUCCACAAAAACCAGCGGAUCCACCUUUCGGGGGUCGAUUUCACGGAAUCAUGAGGACUAGCGUCUGGGUGCUCCAGCUCUGCUUUCUACACCUAAGCUCUUCUGAUAUCUUGGACUGGACGUAUCACGGGGAACACAGUGAAGACGAAUGGGGAACGUACUUCGAACACUGCCUGGGGAAACUGCAGUCCCCCAUCAAUAUUCAGAGGUCGAAAGCCAGAUUUAAUCCCGAUCUGGAACCGCUGCAGCUCCAGGAUUAUGGCUAUCGCCGUGACGCAUUCAAGAUGACCAACAAUGGCCAUUCAGUUGUCAUAGACCUUCCUUCGUCCAUGAGGAUUAUAAAAGGCCUGCCCGGGAAAUUCACAGCCAUCCAGCUGCACCUUCACUGGGGGGGCACGGAAAAAGAGAGCAGCGGAUCCGAACACACCAUCGAUGGAUUGCGGUACAUGGCUGAGCUCCACAUUGUCCAUUACAAUUCAGAAGCUUACUCCAGUUUUGACAAAGCGAAGAAUAAACCUGACGGGCUGGCUGUUCUGGCUUUUCUUUUUGUGGGCAGCCAUUUUGAGAAUGCUUACUACAGUGACUUCAUUGCCAAACUGGCCAAAAUUAAGUAUGCAGGGCACUCGACCACUCUCGAUAGCCUGGAUGUCUUAGCCAUGUUGCCUGAAAACCUCUACAAUUUCUACCGCUAUCAUGGUUCGUUAACCACCCCACCAUGCACGGAGAACGUGAUCUGGACCGUGUUUGACACACCUAUCAAGCUAUCUUACACCCAGAUUGAUCUGUUGGAAAACACCUUGUUGGACUGGAAGAAUGAAAGUUUGAGAAACGAUUAUCGCCAGAUCCAGCCCCUCAACAAACGGAUGGUCAAAGCAUCUUUCUCACCUCGGCUGUUUGAAGGAAGGUGUCGACCCGAGAGCAUCUCCAGUAAGCUCAAUAAGAUACAGACUAGUCUUCGCGAGAUGAAGAAGUAUCUUCUGGACGUCAUAGGCAGACCUGGUCAUCACCAGCUCAGCUUGCAAGCCUUUCACUUCCCCUUGGAGAACACCGCCAGCUAUGUGACCAUCGUCCCUCUGAAGCCCAUGCAACUGAAGAUCUUCACUCUCUGCUUCUGGGUCCAGAAUAGCAACCAGGGCAGGCAGACCGUUCUCUUCUACUCCACUCCCGAGAGUGAAAAUGAGUUGGUCGUCAGCGUGGGCAUGGCGGUAGGAGUCUGGAUCGGGGGCAAGUUUGUGCAAUUUGACCUCCACCGCCGGGCAGAAGACUGGGUCCACCAUUGCGUCACCUGGGUCUCCAGCUCGGGCACCAUCAACCUGUGGGUCAACGGAGCCGUGGGCACUGCCCGGAACAUUCAGAAAAACUAUGUCAUCCAGAGCGGGGGGACGCCCAUCCUUGGGAAGAGGAAGAAUGCCAUGUUGGACGUCUUCGCCGAUGCCUUCUCUGGAUGGAUGAGCCACGUCAAUCUCUGGAGCUGGCUGCUGGACCAGAAUGACAUCCAGGAACUCACCCUUUGCAAACACAGCCAGCAAAAAGGCGACGUCUUGGCCUGGGGCGAAACACACAUGUCUCUGUUUGGUGGGGUGACCUUAGGCCCCGACACCAGUUGUAGGUGAAUCAGGCCUGGGUUCGAGGUCUGUGUACAGAAAUGCUUCUUUCCUCCCCCAAAUCUUUGCAUUUGCCCCUGCUGGGACUCUUAAGCUGGUGUUUUCCAACUUCAGUGGGUGUAAGAGAGGGGAACGUCAACUCCCAGAAUUCCCCAGCCAGGCUUCCAUUAUGAUUCCGCAUCUCCAGAAGCUUUGCUGCCUGGGGGAUUCUGGGAGUUAGAGGCUGAAAAACAUUGUUACCCAGAGACUUCAGUGCACUCCCCUCCACCAGGGACUUCUGGGUAGGACCGUGACCUUAGGUCCCAGGUUACUGACCCACAGAUGUGGUGUGAACACAGGCCUUCAGGCAAUAUUGGGAAAUCUGGAGCUAAAAUGUCCCAGGUCUACCCCCACAUUUGGGGUAGGCCUGGGGUUGCCCCCCUUUGGAUUGCCCUGGGUCAAACAGUGGGAGGAGGCACGGGGUGUCGACCAUAAUGAUUAACAAAAGAUUGCAAACUAAUCAUCCAGAGGAUCAGCUCCCCAACAAAAUCUGCUAAUAAUUUAAUUUAAAAGCCUGCAUGGCAGAAAACCCUCACCUGUGGCUUGCCGGCUGUGAGGCAUCAAUAAAUUCUCCGCCAUUUCAA